CUAUUAUCGUUGUCCUUAGGAAUGUAGGGCAGUGGCGGCGCAUGAUGAUGAGUGAGAGAGAGGUUUCCGACAUGACGUGAUGUUUGGUUUCAAGAGCGAUCUAAAUCGGGAUGCCUGACUCAAGUUGGCCAGAAUGUCAGCCAACUACACGGAUCUCGAGGCCAUCCGCAACGAGUGGCGGAUUGUCUUCCUACCUGGGCUCGAAGGCGGCGCGAAUGGACGAAAAAGUCGGUAUUUGCGACGGUUGUUCGGCGCUGAACCAGUGAAUUUGGAAAUGUCCGUAUGGAACCCGUGGGAGCGCAACGCGAUUGUACGGCAUGGCGGAGACAUUACAGCUGCACUUGAAGGGUGCAUUACGACUGCAACGGAGACGAUUUCUUGCGAAACAGUACCAACAGCAGAGGACUCAAGUCGUGUACCCUCAGGAGCAGAGCCAGAACGAUCGAGAAACCGGAAGUUUCUGUUGAUCGGCAUCAGCUGGGGUGGAGUAGUUGCCUUGAAACUUCUUGAACGAGGGCUAGUGCGGCCAGACCGUGUGUUGCUGAUCGCUCCAGCAUUAAGACCACUGGAGCAUGCCUACCCUUACGCAACAACACUGCUAAGCGCUACAUUGUCGCUCGUCCGCCAGCCAUGGCCUUGGGCGAAUGACGCGCUCUUCCCUGUGCAGUUGCGACCGGAAUCGACCGCAGAGGCGAAGAAUGUAGAAUUUGCGAAAGAAAAUAUCGGGGAAGGAACUGCUGGGAAAGCAGACACGACACGGGUCGAAGGUUACAAUACUAGUGACAGUCAGCAGACGCUAGAACUAGAGAGGUCCUCUGCCGAGAAAAACAAAAACUUCCUGUGGUUGUUGCACGGAGCCGAGGAUUCUGUUGUGGAUAAGAGUGGCAGCUACGAAUUAGCUCGACGAUAUCCAGAUGACAUACGGUACUUCGAGAUAGCGAACGGUGACCACCGGAUGAACGACGCUUUAGAUACCCGCGAUGCGCUACCCGGAGGCAAAGAUGAACCUUUGCUUGCGUCUCUUUACAAUUCCUGGUUGGCAUGCAACUCGUCUUAUCAAAGUGGGAGCUGCUCAUCGUUUCUUGGGCGAGAGCAAGCGCUGUAUGAAAAUGGCGAUCAGGACUCGUGUGACACGUCUCUUAACCUUGACACUCGAAGUCAUGGAUGCACCAACGGAAAGAACAUUCCUAUCGACGUUACUGAAAUACUUCCGCUAAGCCCGAAGUCAAGCGCUCCGUCAAGAAGCAAUGAUAAUGAUGAUGGAAAAUCGAGUCUAUUAAACAUGGAUAUGGCUGCCUCACCUAGGAGAGGACAAUUUAUCAAACAAGACCAUAGGCAAACAAAUGGACCGAAGUGGUGCAAUCUCGCUGACAUUGUUGUCGAUCUUUGUCGCACACAUGACGAUUCGCAAUGACUACACGACAGAUUUCUUGCUGAAGAGUCCGGGGACUGUUUCUGGAAUCGCGGUUAUUCGUAAGGAAUCGAUUGCCCCUCAGAGAAUGUACAAAAAGCGCCAGUCUGUCUACAUC